UCAUAUGAUUGUGAGUUGAUAGAACAUCAUUUUUAAUAUCAUGAUUCAAUAACAACAAUUCUGAAAAUUUAAUAAUUUCGAAAAAUAUAUCGUAAACCCAAAUUAGCGAUCGACAGUACAGUUGAAAUACAUCGGCGAAAGGAGCGGGACAGACUGGAGCUUUGCCUUCCUGACAGUUAACUCACUGGCGCUCUCUUCCCGCUUCACUAAUGAACAAACUUUGGCAAGGAGUAUUGAUAGCAACUUAUCUUUUAAUAAUUAUUUUGAACUGAAACGUUGAUCUAAAUUUCACAAUAUUUGUAAAAAUAUAAUUCUAAAUAGUCUUAUAGUUAAUAGUUUUCCGUCAUUAAUCAUGAUGUUGGCUGUUCUGGGUAUGAAUCAAACAGCUGAUAUCAGUACUCUUUAAAUUAGGUUACCUUCCCAAGUGGAAGUUCGGUUAGAGAUGUUUUAGUUAUUGUUGGGUCUAGUUGAUUAGAUAAACUUAGCAAGACGGGGCAGAAUUGAUAGGUGGUGUUUCUCUUCUAAUGGGUAUAUGCCAUUGUAAAAAUAAAGGAAGAAAUUCUAGAAGAAGAGAGCUUGAUGGAGCAUCACAUAAUGCUGCAGAAGACAGAAGGGACACUGCAUUGGAACAAGAUUGGUGGAAAUCGGUCUCUCCAAAAGAUGUUGAAAUGCUUAUAUUGGACUCACUCAAAGCCAUCAGGUCUUUAGUUGAAAAUGACCAAGAGCCACCGCAAGAGCUUUUUAAACUUCACAAUAUAGCUGAUCAAGAUGAUGGAUGGAUACAGAUAGUAGAUUCGAUGGUUCGUGUAGUUCCUGUGGAAGAUCCUCUUGGCCCAGCUGUGAUAACUCUACUUCUAGACGACUGUCCUCUCCCUAACAAAAAUGCUGUACUUCGACUCUCUUCUAAAUUUAACCUUUCCUCUAAAAAUCGAGUUUCUCGUGGAAUGGACAAUAGGAAACCUAGAAAUAUAUGCAUUGCUCUUGGAGUCUUAGCUGAAAAACUUUCUGGCCCUAGUUCAGUUGCUAUCCUCACAUCUGCCACUCUUGAUUUUCUAAUAGGAAAUCUGGAAGAUGAGAUUGAUCCAGUGGUUACUUUAUUUUCACUGAUUGCAUUGGAGAAAUUCGCUCAAACUAGUGAAAAUAAAGUCACCAUUAAAAGAAGACUUGCUGAAGCAGGGGAUCCUUUGCUCAGACUUGAAGCCAGGCCACCAUCAUCAGACCUUAUCGAAUCUCAAGUAAAGUUCUGUGCAACUUGGGCAUUGGAUAAUCUGUUUUUGGUAGAGGGCAGAAAGUUUUCCUAUGAGACUGUGGAUGUGUUAAACAUAAAUGCUAUGCUUAACACUAAGGAUGUCAGUGAAUAUCUUAAAAUAUCUCCUGAUGGUCUAGAGGCAAGAUGUGAUGCAUAUUCAUUUGAAAGUGUCCGAUGCACAUUUCCUGCAACAGAAGGAGUAUGGUUCUAUGAAGUUCUUCUUCUUACACCUGGUGUGAUGCAAAUUGGCUGGGCCUUAAAGCACAGUAAAUUUCUUAAUCAUGAAGGCUAUGGCAUUGGUGAUGAUGAAUACUCAGUAGCUUAUGAUGGAUGUCGAGAAUUAGUUUGGUUUGCUGCAAGGAGCCAAGAGGUUGGUGGCGGAAGGUGGAAAGCUGGUGAUAUUGUGGGGACUCUUCUUGAUAUUCCAGCCAAAGUUUUGCAUUUUUACUUGAACGGAGUUCAGGUGUUUUCUUCGGAUUUGCUUUUUACUGUGUCUGCGAACAAGUACUUUGCCGGAGCAAGCUUUAUGUCAUUCCAACAAUGUAGGUUCAAUUUUGGAAGUGAUCCAUUCAGGUUUCCUCCUGAUACAGAGUUCAAGUCAUUCAAUGAUUAUGCCAGCCUUUCCCCUCAAGAAAGAAUUGUUCUUCCUAGACAUCUAGAGAUGGAAGCUUUGAGGAACAUGAGUAUACGUGAAGAUUCUUGUGCUAUUUGUUUUGAUUCUCAAGCUGAAACCACCCUUAUUCCUUGUGGUCACAGUGGUUUCUGUCAAACAUGCACUGCCCAACUGUUCGAGUGCCCAAUGUGUCGAGCAAAAAUUGACAGAUUUACAGUUGACCCCACGUGACAUCUCUGGAACAUCCAGUUCACUUUAAACAUCAUUGUAUCUUAUAAAAUUAUAAUUCACACAAUGUUGAUUAUCAUAACAGUAGUUGUUUGAUUUUUUAAUUGUAAAUAGAAAAAUGAAAAAAGGUCAGUCAUAUAAUUAUAAUGCUUUUUCCCAGUUGUUAAACUGUUAAAAACAAAACAAAAAAAUGUCUUCAUUCAUUUUCAUUGCAUAAUCAUUCAGAGUUCUGAAAUUUUCAGAGCAAAACUAUUUGAAAAUCCUACAGUCCUAUGAAGAAUCUUCACCGAACCAGUUAACAAUGUUUACACUAGCUUUCUGAGUCGUUCAGCUCAUUAUGAGAGUUACUUAGUAAAUUUUAUCAUUUAUUUUUUUAAACUGUGGCACCAUUUAUUACUGUGAAUCAUUUAGGUGAUUAUUAUUUGAGGAAAUUUGUUUAUGGUCCUCUUUGUUUUAAUAUGAACUGUAAAUAUAUUCCAUUCUGGACUUGAGUGAUUUACUAGGAAGAUGAAAUUCUUAUUUUUCAGUACAUUUGUUAAAUUUUAUCUGAAUAAAAUAAUCAAGCCUCUUGUACCUGAGUAGUCAGUUGAUACUUAUUGAACCAAAAAGAUAAUAAUUAUUUAACUAUGUUGAAUCUGUUUCAAUUUUGGCAGUCUUUCAUUAUUGACAUAAGUCAUGAAAUGUAAUAUAAUUAUGAUUAAUUUCUUGUUGUUAAUUAGAAUAUGCUGAAGACUUCCAGUUUCAUUAUCUUCCACUGCUAACUAAACAUUUACAUUAAUCUAAUUUAUAUUAAUAAUUCUUUUUACAAUUGUUGAUGUUAUGACUCAUUGUUUUAUUUUUUAGUUAAUGGUUAAUUGAUUAUAAUUUUAUCAAGUGAGUUUAAAAAUUAUUAACAAUUUUACUCUUUCCAAACUUGUUAUUCCUGUUUGCUUUCCUGCUUUACUACAAUAUUGUUUGACAAAACUGCCUUACUAUAAAUUGCAAGUUUGUUUGUAUUGCAAUGUUAUUUAAUGUUAAAAUAUCUAACAUUUAUUAGCCAUUAUCUAAUCCAGUCAUUAAAAGACUAGGUAUUUUAGCUAUAAAACUAUUAAAAUUUUAUUGUACAUUUUCUAAAGAGAAGGCAUUUUAAUGUAUAUAAAUUGAUUGUAUAUCUGUAAAAUAGUCAGAGCAUAUAGUUUUGUAUAUAAGGGUUAGAAUAAAUUUUUGCAAUUUUAGUCAUUUUAAGUUUUCAGUGGGUUAUGAACUGUUAUAUUAAGUAAUUUUUUGGUCUAUAGGAGUAAAAUAAAUAUAUAUUUUAGUAUAUCUAGAAAAUUUUAAAUUUAUAUAUGUAUUGUUAUGGUUUAUUAUUGUAUUUUAGUACUGAAAAAAGUUUUUCUACAUAUAUAAAAGUAUAUAUUGUUAACUAAUGCUUUGUGAUUUGAAGUCAGCAAUUAGUAUUAAAAACUUCAGCAGCAAAACUUGUAUCUUUAUUUGUUUAUAUUAGCUUUAUUGGAGGGAAGGCAUAUACAUUUCUUCUAUAGUUAUGUAAAAAGUUAAUUCUACUUUCUUAUUAGAAAAAAAAAAACGAAAUAAACCAAAUUGUGCUUCCAUUACUGAUUAUGCGGCUUUGAAUAGUUUUUAGAUAAAGACAGUUAUGAAGUGGUUUAAAGGCUAUUUUAGAAUGACAUGCAAAGUUAAUUUUAUUUAUUAAUACAGAGAUUACCAUUCAUUGCUUUAUGUAUGUUCUCCCCUUUUGUUUCAUUAUAUGUUCAUGCUCCACUGAAAAGGUCAGGUAUAAGAAAUUAUGCGUUUACUGUAAGUAGAAUAUUUUGGCUGUUAAAUUGAUAAUUCUAUUUUAUAUGAAGAGCCAUUUCGUUUUCAGUUUUAGUAGGAUUGUUUGGGUUAGUCCUUUUACUUAUAUUUUAUUAAUUAAGAGAUUUGUGUACAAAGCCUUGAAAAUGCUUCAAUUAAGCUGAAGACAAAAAUAGAUGAAAUAAAUGUCUCUCAUAUUGGUGACGUGCAAGUAUCUGAAAUGUUUCAGAAAUUAACUAAGCCUAUUGAAAACAUCAAACAGAAACUGACAGUCUACAAGAAUAGAAUAAGAGGAUGGAUUGAGACAGAGGAAAAGAGGAAGCAAAUAAUGGCUCUUACUACUUUGUAAAAACCUUUCUAUAGAUAAUUAUCUUCCAUGACAAUUAUGAACAGAAUUGGUGAAAACCGUAUGUGUAUAGGAAACCAUACACUGAACUAACAUUCUAUUACUGUAAAUGUAUAUAGAGUACAAAAAAAAUGAUAUAGUUAUCAGUCUGAUGAAAAUACUGAAUUGGAAAGCUACUGAACAAGACAAGUGGGUUAAUUAUUGGUUGAAAAUCUUGUAUUAUAUUCACAUUCAUUUUUUACUUUCAAAAUCUUUUAUAAUAAUAAUAAAAGGCUUAGUGAACCUGAAGGUUCGAUGCCGACACCACCAAUCUCUUAUUACACACCUCCCUCCACCGUUCGCCAUCCAAACCCAGUCCCUUCAGAUCGGCUUUUAUUCAAUCUUCCCACCUUCGCUUCGGUCUACCUCUCGGUCAUUUACCAUUCGGUAAAGCAAAUAUUAACCUUUUAGGAAUUUACUUGAUGUAUUUAUACUAAUACAGUUGUAAAUAUCAUAAUAAAAGUUAAAAGUUAACCUUUUAGGAAUUCUCUCGUUACUAAGCCCAACAAUUUUACAAGCCCAUUUAAUUCGCCGGGAUGAAAUCACCUCAGUUAUAUUACUCGGAUACAGUUCACACAAUUCGGCAUUGUGUAACUGUCUGAACUCUCCGAUUAACUCAUCCUUAUUCGGACCGAAUAUUCUAUGCAAUACUUUGUUUAAAAAACCUUAAGACGCUGUUCAUACCUUAAUGUAAGCGGCCAAGUUUCGCAUUCAUAUAGAACUGUAGGUAAGACAAUAGUUUUAUAGAAUCUAAUUUUUAAGUUCCGGGACAAGAGGCAUUAGCUAAGUAGUUUUGUCAGAGAAAAAUAAAAAGCAUUUCCCACCUUCAGGUUAACCUUAAUCUCUUCUUCAAUUUCGUUUUUUUUAGUUAUCGUAGAACCUAGAUGCCUAAAUUUCUCUACCUGUUCGAACAUAAUACCAUCUAUAUCAAUAUCACCAGUAGUAUCGCCAUUUUUGCAGCUAACCAUAUAUUUUGUUUUAUCCACGUUUAUUUCGAGUCCUAGUUCUUUACUAGCUUUCAUUAACGUUGUCGUAUUUAGUUUUAUAGUUUCCACAUCUUCGCUUAACAGUACCAGAUCAUCAGCAUAGCCCAGCACGGAUGUUGUCCCACCCAGAUCCAACCCUUUUUUGGUACGCAUUACCUCAAUAAUGGCAUGUUCUAAUGCCAAACUGAACAGAUCAGGCGAAAGGGAAUCGCCCUGAUUUUAUUUUCAAAAUCUUUUAGGAAAUAAAGUUGUAAUAUUAAAAGAUUUAUGUAUCAAUCAUACCCACUUGAUACUAAAAAGGGAUUCUUCGAGACCAAUCCUUCACCUGAAAGUAAUAUAUAAACUGUUAACAUCAUUCAUUGCUGAUUAACAAUUAAGUACAAGAG